AUGUGUACCAAGUUAAAUAGCCUACUACCAAGAGUGAAUGAUAUGCGUUAUUUUUAUAAAACACUACAAUCUGAUCAUAUUAUUUCAUCAGUCAAUCCACAGUCUACAAACAUGAUACAUAAUAGUAUUGUUUUCUACUUAGGCGAUAUUUUAGAAGCUACAAUGGAUUAUCCUAAUAUAGAAAGUGGUGAAAGAAUGUGUUUAAUUGUGAAGAAAGUUCCUGGAGCUCAAUUACAGUUAGCUGAAUCAUCUGCUGUAAAAAGUUGUUUAACUCCUGCUAACUUACUCGUUUGUAAAUUUGAUAUGGAUCCUGGUAACAUCAUGAAUCCUGAUGUUGAUUCCUAUUCACAUUUAUGCAGUUUAACAGAUGAUCAACGAUUCGGUACAUUGCCAACAUGGAUUCUUGAUCUAAAGCAGAAAGCUGAAUUUCGACAAGAUCAUAUAUGUAUUAGACAACUUUUAUUUUAUAUUUCAGUGAUAUGUUCAGGAGUAAUCACGAUAAUUUUGAUUACAAGUACAAUAAUUUUGGCGGUUCGAUAUAGACGUUUAGCUCAAAAGAUGAAGCGUAGACAAAAUGUGAUAGAUGGAAUUAAUGUUUGGUCACAAAGUUCUGAAAUAUCAUCACAAUGUGAAACAGAUGGAAAAUUAGAUAUUCUAACUGAUUCAGUAUUCAACCGUGCUGCUGGUGGUGGUAGCUUUGCAAGAGAAAGUUAUAAAGAAGCAUUAGUGAAUAGUGGUUAUCAAAGAAUUUCAAAUGGACGAAUCAAAAAUCUUCGAGCAUCGGGGAAAAAUCGACCAGGUACAGUGACAUAGUUUAAGGAGGUGAGGCAGUGGAUAAUAAAUAACUGACUUCAUGAGAACAAAGCUUUUGUGCUAAAUAAAGUUUUGUUUUUCAUGAAUGAAAUUACCUUUUCACUUUGACUACUUAAACACUAUUUCAGAUAAAC